UUGUUGCAAUUUUCGAUGACGUGCUUCGUGAAACAGGUCAAAGAAUACAAAAACCCACUUUCAUUAAGCGUAUUAAUUGAUGAUUCAUCGAAGCUACGGAAGUUAUUUUGAUAAAAGAAUGAGUCAAGUUCGUUUAUUUGAAUUAAAUAAAUUUAGGGAAAAAUGCGUAGCUUGAAGUUCGGGUUCGAAGCUGUCUGUUAUCGCUCGUUUUCACAAAGGAACAAUGUGAUAACUGAUAAGAUAGUCGGUGGAAGUUAUUGGUCCAUGAAUCACGACUCGAAAAAGGCUGAAUACACGCCCUAUUCGAAUUCCAAAGCCAAAAUUCGGCGUAACGCAUGCGUUUUUGUUGGGGGUGGCGCGGUGUAGCCAAGUGGUGAAAAUUUCGCGCGUUUAAAGGUGGUUUCCGGUGAUAUUUUCGUCAGUUUUGGAGUGGUUGUGGCAGCAGUGGUGGCGACAAAGUUGCUACGCAUGCCUCAGUGCUUGUGGUUUUUGCGAUAUAGCUACUUAACUUAUUUUAGCUAUUUCCAAAAUUGCGUUGGUGGCGGAGAAGCGCUACGACAAUGCGUGGACAGGUCGCGUUUCUUCAGUUAUAAUUGAUAGAAUGAGUCGUGUCGUCAGUUGCAAUCGAAAAAGAUUAAAAUAAAGCAGUCUAAUAAUGGAACAACAUGUGUAAAACAUUGUGAUAUAGAGUAAUAUUAAAUUAAUGACCAAAUUUUCAAAUGUAUGGAAUGGCGCCAAUGAUUUAUCCUUCGUCUGUGUUUGCGGUAUUUUUUAUAAUCUUUUGGUUUGCUAUGUGGCUUUUACAUCUUAUAGCAAUAUUCUAUGGCAAAUACAGGCUGCAUAAUAAAGUGUCAACCCUUCCCCCUGACGAGCCCUGUCCGGGAGUUUCGAUUCUAAAGCCGCUUAUGGGUGUAGAUAGCAAUUUAUCAACAAAUUUAGAGACCUUUUUUACGAUGAACUACCCUGUGUACGAGCUUCUCUUUUGCAUAGAAGAUGAAACCGAUCCCGCGAUUAAAGUCGUAAACACGCUGAUUGAAAAAUACCCCAAAGUUGCAGCUCAUGUGUUCAUUGGGGGCUCACUAGUCGGUGUUAACCCCAAAAUCAACAACAUGAACCGGGCGUACGAAGCCAGCAUCUAUGACCUGAUACUCAUAUCUGACAGUGGGAUAAGAAUGAAAGAAGACACUUUAUUGGACAUGGUUAACCACAUGGACGAGAAGACGGGAUUGGUUCAUCAGCUUCCGUUCACGUGUGACAGGCCUGGCUUUGCGGCAACUUUAGAAAAGAUAUAUUUUGGUACAGCACAAUCUAGGAUAUACUUAACUGCUGAUUUCGUCCGUACAAAUUGUCACACUGGGAUGUCAGCCCUCAUGCGAAAGCCUGUUCUGGAGGAACAGGGGGGUUUGAAGUCGUUUGGAUGCUACCUAGCCGAGGAUUUUUUCAUAGCACAAUCGUACAUUAAGAAAGGGUGGAGAACUGCAAUAAGCAGCCAACCAGCGAUGCAAAAUUCGGGAAUUUGUGAUAUUGAGAGUUUCCAAGCGCGCCUCACACGGUGGGCGAAGCUGCGAGUGGCAAUGAUCCCGUAUGUGAUCCUCUUGGAGCCUCUCUCCGAGUGCAUGAUGAUCGGCGCGUGCACGGCCUGGUCCGUGAGCGUCCUUUUCCAAUGGGACUUUUGUGUGUUUUACCUAGUGCAUAUUUUAAUAUGGUUUAUCUGUGAUUGGACCCUAUUAUGCGUAGUUCAGAACGGUUCCUUGCCUUUUAAUAAAUUUCAUUUCGUAAUUGGUUGGUUGUUCAGGGAGUUGUCGGGUCCCUACUUGUUCAUCAACGCUGUGCUGGACCCCCCCAUCAAAUGGCGCAAUAGGGUCUUUAAGCUGGCUUGGGGGGGCGUCGCCCAGGAGCUGCAUCCUAGGAUAAAGUGCUAAUUUAAACAAAUUUAUUGUGUUAGUCCUUGUUAAUUUAUAAACCCAUCACAUCCCCAGUAUUUCGGUUGAGUGGACCCACCAUUUAGAGCCUCGUCUUGUACUUAUCAAGUACUUCUCGAUCAUUUCAUUCAUUUGUUGCUUUAACAAAGAUUGUAAAUCACAAGAUGUAAAUAUAAAGCAAUAUAUUGUGAUAAAGAUCAUACUUAUGUAAAUAUUGUUGCAUCAAACACUGGAAAUAUCCGAAAGCGAGUUUCGGAAAAUCGAUCACCCUGUACUUAUUUGUUAUUCGAUCAAUUUUGAGUUAAGUGCUAAAUGGUGGGUUCGAACUUGUGGUUCGAUUACGUCACAUUUUCAUUCGAAUUCAAUAUACAUAUCACAAGUACCUAAUCAUGUGUUUUCGCAUUUUGACCACUGAUUGCUACUUUCGCUUCGAGACGUUUGGAGUAACAUUUAGAAUUUAAUUCAAGACUGAUCGCUUGAUUGUUUAAUUUAUGUUCAGUUGGCCAUUUUGUAUUCAUUAUUUUUUAAUAUAUUAUUUUAAUCAA